UCAGUAUGGCAACAAAACUUGUUUUUGCGAGAAAACUGUGAAGUGCAUCGUGAUAUUAUUUUUUUAUUUUGAUUGCUAAAUUGUUAUGAGGAGAUUUACGGGUGCGUAAUUUAGUGACAGGUGUGUGGAGUUAGUGUAUUAAAUGUUGUGCACACGGAAACAUCACAAGUGGAGCUGUUAAAGAGAUUGCUUGCCAUGGCGGGUCCUUCGGACGGCGAGGUCGAUGGCUGGGUGGACUUCUGCGAGCGUCAAGCCAGAUCCGCCGCUCAGGACUUCGCCAAGGCAUGCAUACAAUACUUACAGACCAACACAAACGACCAUGUUGCUCGCCCGCCAGUCGCCAACAAGGAGUUCAUGAAGAAAUUCUGUGAAUGUUUUUCAGAACAUUUCGACUUCGAAAUGGUUAAACUAAAGGCUCUACAUAAAGUGCCGAAUGGAACGCAUGCAGGACACGACGAGAGUGACUAUUCAGAGGAUACUGAUUCGCCAAAAACACAACAUAAGCCUUUUUUUCGGAGGUUAUCAUUUAAGGGUCUUAGAAGAGGUAAAGGGUUAUUCCAGAAACAGCAUUCGGACGAAGUUGAAUUAUCGUCAAAUUUGAACAAACACAACAAGACUAAGUUAGCUAAAAUAGUGGUAGAAUGUAGGAAAGAAGGUUUGGUUAAUUAUUUAACUCCUGAGAGUUUGGAACAGCCAGGGAGCCCUCAGAAAUGGGAGAAAUGUAGACUAGCACUUGUAAAGACUGUCGGGGGGUAUAUGCUGGAGUUCUACUCGCCCCCUAAGUCCCAGAAGCCACGUAGUGGAGUGUUUUGUUUUCUAAUAUCAGAGGCUCGAGAAACUACAGCUCUAGAGAUGCCAGAUCAUGAAAAUACUUUUGUACUGAAGGCAGACAACAACAUGGAAUACGUGAUAGAAGCUGAGGACGUAGACGCCAUGAAAUCGUGGCUGGCCACGAUCAAGUACUGCAUGCGGUCGGCGCCGACCGCACAGCCGCCGCCCGACGCCGCGCCCGGCGCCGCCGACGCCGCGCCCGACCUGCCGCCGCGCAGGGACCUGCCCGCCAGCUCUAGUCAUCUUGACCUAGCUACUGACACGCCUGAUGAUGCUGAGUUAGGAUCAAUAGCGGAGGAAGCCUGCGAGUCCUCCCGCGUGUCGCUAGCGGAGUGGCCGUGGUUCCACGGCACGCUGGCGCGCGCGGCCGCCGCCGGCUGCGUGCUGGCGGGAGGCGCGGCCGCGCACGGCUGCUAUCUCGUGCGCCAGAGCGAGACUCGCCGGGGCGAGUACGUGCUCACCUUCAACUUCCAGGGCCGCGCGAAGCACCUCCGCAUGACGCUGAGCGAGUCGGGCCAAUGCCGAGUGCAGCACCUGUGGUUCCCCAACGUGCACGACAUGCUGGAGCACUUCCGGGCGCACCCCAUCCCCCUCGAGAGCGGCGGCGCCGCCGACGUCACCCUCACCGAGUACGUCGUCUGCCAGGGCGGGAACCGCACGCAACUUGGAGUAACUCAUGGAAGCGAUGUGCGUAUGCGCAGGGCUGAGCUUGAAGCCCUAUUGGUCGCAAGUGGCGCACAUCACGACAUCCGUGCUGUAGACAAUCAAUAUAGCUUCGUAUAGAUGGAAUGCAGGGACGAAUUCAGACAUAAAAUUUACGUGAAAAUCAUAAAAAAUAUUAUCACUUAAAUUUUGUCUGUUACUAAUAGGCGGGCAUGUAUUUUAUUUAGUUUAUUGAAAUGGUGAAAUGAAAUUAAAAUAUAAACAGGAAUAAAUAUUGUAGUAUAUUAUAUACUUAAGACUUAUCAGUCCCUAUUUAUCAGUGGCAGUGCUAGAUAAAAAAAAACGUAAGAUGUGUUCAAAACAUAGUUAAAUAAUAACGCUCCAUAAACCUGAAUCACUGCUAUAUAUCAUUGGACACUGUUCAUCGAAUGAGAGUGUUCAUAAUUACUCGUAUGCUAUGGGUGUCUAAACAUAAUUUUUAAAAAUUGUAUUUAAACACGUCACACUACAAACUAUGUUAUACAGGUUAGAGGAGGGGUCCAUUGUGUGGCCGGGGGCAGAAUCGUAACCUCACAAUUCACUCAUCAGGCGUUCUCAUCAACUUUGUCCAAGCAAUUUGAUGAGAAUGGGAAAGCCAAAUCGAAUUAUACAUUAGGUGUGAUCAUAAAGCUAAGGUAGACUAAGCAUAGGUAAUACUGGGGCCUGAGAGAAAGUUCAUGUAUUGUUAUCUCUAUCAUCUGUGUGUUCUUGCGUGAAAGGUAUAACUAAGUAUAUGGUAAUUUGACGUUAUACCUCGCAAUACACAAGAAAUUAUGUUACCCAAGCGAGAGGAGGUGGAGGUCGGGUCACAGAUGAAAAAGAUUGCAAUGUGCCUUGCAUCAAAGUUUUUGGGGGUGCGGGCUCCAGUACUAUUUUUCGACCUCAUAACCUGAAGCUAUAGAGGUUGAAAAAUAUGUGACGUCACAAUUUUAUGCAAAUGUAACAAGACCUUGGUGUCAAAAAAUCAUUAAAUAUGUGUGAUGUAAUUUAUUCUUAUUGUAGGUAUUUAUAUCAAAUUUUUAUGUUGUAUGGAUGUUUGAUAAAUCUUAAUUUAUUGUAAGAGCUAGGUAAUCUGUUUUAAUUAUUUAUUUUCAUUGUAUUAAGUAGUUGCUGUUAGAAUGAUUACGUUAUAGGCAUAAUAUGUAUGUAACAUUCAAUUAACAUAAUGUAUAUCAAUUCGGUAGGGGUCAAGGAUCUUAACGUGUUUAUUGAUUGGCAAGUCAAAAAUAAAUUAUUUAAACUUAUACUAAAACAUUCUUUAGGAAAUUGUGUUCUUUUGUUUGUGCAAUAAAUUCAAUAUAUAUUUUAGGUUUACAAUUAUAAUAUAUGGGUUUAAGGCAUAGCCAAUUUCUAAUUUUAAGCUUGGCACUCAAAAUAUUACUUGACUGUAAUCUAGGAAAAUUCUUAAACUUGUUUUUGGUACAUACAUAAUAUUACCACACCUAUUUCCCAUUCGGGUGGGCUAUGUGUGUAUGUAUCUGGUACAUUUAAUUUUUAUUUAUUUAUGUAACUUUGUCACAAAAACAUGCAAAAAGCUGACUUAACUCUGCGCCAUGAGAGUUAUAUCGAUUUUGCAUAUAUUUUACAUUCUUUAAAUAGGUCAGUAUUAUGGUGAAAGGCUAGAUAAAUUUCAAGAAACAAAGUUUCAUACUAAUGCCGUUUUAGGGCGAUAUUAUGUUGUGUCUAGUCAUGCUCAUACAAUAAGCACAGCUAGAGCCCUUACAUUCCCCUAUUUGUGGAACAUUUGGGAAGUCGGUGUACAUAUAUCUCUAUGUCACGGCUAAACCUAGGCGAGCCGGUCUCACUCGGUUACAUCUAGAUGUAAUCUAGUAGGACUGACAUUUAGGUGUAACCAAAACAACAUGAGAAUUCACUCUUUUGAUAAUUAAUUGAAUGACUUUAGAAAAAGUUAUAGAAAAGGAAUGUAACAAAUAUGUUUAGAUGUUAUGAAUUGAAAAUGUCUUAUCAAUUUUAGAUAUAUAAUUCGAUGCGAGGUAAAGAAAGAAAAUUGAUAUAAUUAAACAUAUGUAUGUGUCUAAUAAAUAAAUAUUGUUGGAAUUGAGAAAAUAACAUUGUGUAAGUAUUAAGAUGGUAAUAAGUUUUAUGGACAUAAGCUGUAUUAUUCGAUUUUAAUUUGGAUAUACAACAGUAACUACGAGCCAAAUAUUUGUACAUGUUUAUAGGAUUUUAUACGGAAAAUAUACGCGUUCUGCAUAGCAGGGCUUGAAUAAAAACAUUUGGUUAAAAAUAACGAUACAGGAUAUUUUUUAGUAAUUAAAAUAUUUUUUUACAAAAAUAAAAUUGACACGCAUCUGUAGCGUACAUACUACCUAGGUAUAUUGUAGUCCUAACUAAACGUGUACAUGUUACGGUUAAACUCCGUAGUGCGGCUACAGCCUAUGUCUAACCAGCACCUGCAGAGCAAGCUUAAAAAAUCCUGCAAAAAUUUAUAAUAACAAUAAAGCUUCCGUAGCACAUACGUGAAGUGGAAUAGUUUUAUACUACUAGAUUUAUUUAACCUAUGUCACUGUCAAGCCCUGCUACCUAAUCUACACAAUAUAUUAGUUAUGGUAAAUUUUCUUUGCUUACACGUCUUAUAUCAAUGAAUUAUGUACAAUAUAUGUACAUUUAUUUACUCACAAUAAUUUGAGCCGCGCAAGCGCCGUUUUACCGAUAUAAAGAACUGUCGGUAAAACAGUCUAUGUGGUCCAACUACUCAUCUUAUAAUCAAGUAUUUCUUCAAGCUGAAUACCUACAGAAUUCAUUUCAAGUAUAAUUUCAUAGCAUUCAUUGUAAUAUCAGGGCUACAAGAAACAUUCCUUAUAAAUGGUAUGUAAUUUUUGAACGAAAUAAAACUUAUAUUUUGUAAAA